CCAGCCUAGGCAGAAGGGGAUAGUCAUCGGUGGGAAUAGGACGGGUGCGUUCGGUGAAGAGGUGCCUGUAUGUAAUACUGUUGUGCGUGGGAAAGCCAAGGAAAAGCAGGUCAAUCCUGAGGAGGCUGGAACAGUGGAGGCGGGCAAUGUGGACACAGCCCACGCGAAGAAAGCCAGUCUGGCUUUGCGAUCACCGUUCAACGAGCGGGCUGUUAAACUAACAGCAAAGGCCAACCUCAAUGACACGGAACUUUACUACUGGGUCCUUUGCACAGCGGAGACGCAUCCGUCAAUCAGGGAUGCGAUUGUGUACGAUGACCAUUUUAAGUAAACCGAGCUGAGUGAGUUCCUUUCGUUAGCACCGUUCAAAGCAGUAAGCCCCGGCAUUGUAGACACAUGGAGCUCUUACUUGAAUAACAUGGAGAAACUGAAGGCGCCAGAAACGGUUUCAAGAAUAUUUUCCUCCACAAGGCCAUGCACACAGCCAGUGGUAGACACACCCACAAGAUGGGAUGAUGAGAGGCAAUUUGCUUCUUUCUGGACCAUCUUUUUCGAGGAAGCACUUGGAGCAGGAUACAACAAGUUGGAUAAGCUCGAAAUGUUACUCUUCCCCAUCUGGGGUGAACGACAUCAGUAUGUGGUCUGUUUUGAUGUCCCGGAUGGAAAGAUGAAUAUAAUAGACCAUAGCCUUGCUGAAUCUCAUGCAUCGUUCAGCUACAAAUAUGGAAACACACCCUCUCUGCUGAGGAAGUUCAUGGGUGCUGCACUGGACAAAUGCAAAGAAACGAAAUUGUCCGAUCUCGUACGAAGCUGGACUACUAAUGUGGUCACAAUGCCAUGGAGGAACAACGUGGUUACAAUGGAGAACGGUGUGUAUGUCAUGCGCCACAUGGAAACGUACUUCGGGGAGAAAGAAAAGGAUUGGGAUUGCGGGCUGAGUGCAAAAUGAACAAAAGGCUUAGAGAUGUGUAGAAUCAAGAUUGCACGGACGCUCCUUACCUGUGCGCACAACACCCGAGGUGCUGCAAACCAAUCUAAAGCGACAAAGUAUUGGAGGGAGAGACCUGCAAAGUUCAAUUUCGAGCAGUGGGUCGA